CGUAGAAGAUACAGGAAGUCCUGUACAGUGAACGCCGCAUGACCCUGUUGACUUAUGCUGGACAAUGUGGUCGUCCUAAAUUGUUCUUUACCCAGCUUUUGUCUGUUUGGUUCACAGAGGGUGAAGCAAACCCAUCGUUUUUAGUGGGCAAGAGAUAAUUUGCUACCAUGUUCCUCACUCUGGCCCUGCUGCGGAAAGGCAUCCCGGGGAAGCAGUGGAUUGGAAAGUACCGCCGUCCGCGACCCAUCACGUGGCAGAUGAAGCGCAACACGCUGAAGCAUCUGGAACGCGAGGCCGAGAACGAGUAUUGGAUCAGUCGGCCAUACAUGACUGUGGACCAGGAGUUCAAACACGCCGCCGAGCGAAGAGCCCAGAACUGGCUCCAAAUCAAGGAGAGCAAAUUCUGCAACUUUCCCGAACACAAGUACAUGGCAGAUCACCUGAGUCACCUCAAAACCACCAAGAACUGGUCAAAUUAAUAUGAACAGUGCUCAACUUGUUAUAUACACAGACUGAAUUCUGCCAUAUAACUAACUUGUCUAUGGACGUAGACAAGCUCUGUUUUGUUUUUUGUUUUUUUGGACACUGAUGUGAUUGGUCUUUGUAUCUCAACUGGAAAGGUGCCCACCCUGAUAAUUUAUAAACCAAGUCCACUGUUAACUUUAUUUUCCUUUCAUCACUCUGUGUCACUAUAUUAUUAAAAAUAUUGAUUAGUAAACUUUU